GAGCCGCUUCGGGAGCGGGAGCCCCGGGGGAGGAGCGGCUCGGCAGCCGGCACCCACCGCGGGGAGGGGCGGCGGCGGCGGCGGCCGGAGAGACGUCGGGAAGCGAGCGGAACCGCCAUGGCCGAGUUCCCGUCGAAAGUGAGCACGCGGACCAGCAGCCCAGCGCAGGGCGCCGGCGCCUCGGUCUCCGCGCUGCGCCCGGACCUGGGCUUCGUGCGCUCCAGCCUCGGUGCGCUCAUGCUGCUGCAGCUGGUGCUGGGGCUGCUAGUGUGGGCCCUGAUUGCCGACACCCCAUACCACCUGUACCCAGCCUAUGGCUGGGUCAUGUUCGUGGCUGUCUUCCUCUGGCUGGUGACAAUCGUCUUCUUCAUCCUCUACCUGUUUCAGCUGCACAUGAAAAUGUACAUGGUGCCCUGGCCGCUGGUGUUAAUGAUAUUCAACGUGGGUGCAACUGUUCUCUACAUCACGGCCUUCAUCACCUGCUCUGCCGCAGUGGAGCUGACGUCCCUGAAGGGCACCCGGCCUUAUAACCAGCGUGCGGCUGCCUCUUUCUUUUCGUGUUUAGUGAUGAUUGCCUACGGAGUGAGCGCUUUCUUCAGCUUCCAGGCCUGGCGGGGAGUGGGCAGCAAUGCAGCCACCAGUCAGAUGGCUGGGGGCUACGCCUAGACCACGCGUGCCAUGGCCCCCUUGGGGCCGUUGGCUGCAGCCAGGUCCCAGCGUGGGGCGGCCUGCAAGCCUGAGGCCUGAGCCCUCUGUGGAGUCGGCCUAGAAGGGACUACGCUUGCUCUGCUCUGCUCGUCAGACUCCUAAGGAAUCAGGAUCGUUCCUCUGGUUUGGCCCAAGUCAGCACGCACAGGGGCUGGAAGGAGGCCAGUGGCUGGGACCGCCUGCCCAUCCUCCGUAUGUAGUGGAAGGCGACGGGGGAUACAGGCCUCUCAGUGUCUCUGCUUUGUCUUUAGAAGACCUCAGUGUCCCAGGCUGGGGCCCAGGCUUCUCACCAACACUAAGUACACUAACAAGGACUCCAGACCUGCAGCCCCUGACCUUCUGUAGAAGAAGCCUAACAAGCCAUGUGUAUUUAUCUUAGUCUUUGUUCUGGGACUACAGAGCAAGUUUUUGAAACUGGUCUGGGUCCUUAAAACACAGGGGUUUUUUUGUUGCUGUUUUUGGGUUUUUUUUGUAAGUCUUGAACUCACAACCCUGAGAUUGAGACCUGAGC